AUGGACGGUCGUUCCCCCAAGAGGCAACGCCGAUCCGCCCGUCCAAAGAAAGAUCCGCCGGGGGAACAAGAUGCACGGCCAACCUCCCUGGACCCGUCGAGCCGUAACCCCGUCGCGCUCUCGUCGCGCCCCGAGACGACCAAUCCUCGCGCGCGUGCGAGCCAAACCCAACUCCCCAGAGCUCCCUCGUCCUCCCCUUCGCCGAAGAAAACGAGCUCACCCCCCAAGACAACGCGAUCGAAGUCCCUCCACACAUUUUUCCAGCCCGCAACGGAGGCGCAGCGAUGGUCCGCGCAGAAAUUCGAGUCGAAGCGCCCGCUCGCCGCCGCGGAGACCACCCUUGAUGCCGAUUUGAUCGAAGACGACUAUGAUUCCUACGAUGAGAUAUUUACACAACACCUGGCGGCGGGAGAGAAAUCAUAUUCGCCGAUUGACUCGCCUGCUUCCCAUGGCCCUAGCCAAGCACGACGGCCAGCGCCGAAAAAGACAGUCGCGUCGCGGCCCAAAAGUCAUUCUUCCAAGCGCUUUCUGAUGCCACCGGAGUCCAAGAGCGGCCCCCGUCGACAGUCGCCUGUUCCAACUUCGAUAAAGGUGGACCAACGCCCGUGGGCACAGCGUUUUGGGCCGUCGAGUUUGGACGAGAUAGCGGUUCACAAAAAAAAGGUUUCUGAUGUUCAGAACUGGUUGGAGGAUGCAUUUUCAGGGAGACGGAGGGAGCGAUUACUCGUCUUGCGAGGCCCUGCCGGAAGCGGCAAGACAACCGCCAUCGCGCUUCUUUCCAAGACUAUGGGCUUUGACCUAAUUGAGUGGCGAAAUCCGUCGGUCUCUGAAUUCGCUGCUCACGAUUACGUUUCCGCGAGCACCCAUUUUGAAGAAUUCCUUGGACGUGGAGACCGGUUUGGGGGUCUUGAUCUUGAGGAUGCGGUUGAGUUGAAGGAGAGCCGUGAUGCACGUCCUCGGAGCCGCCGUGUUCUUCUUGUUGAAGAGUUUCCAACAAUACUCAGCCGAAAUUCUUCCAGUCUCGCUGCCUUUCGCUCCUCUUUGCAGCGCUAUGUCGCCGCCUCCACUGAGCAUUCCUUGGGUGGGUGGAUGCACCCGCCCGUUGUGAUGAUUGUAUCAGAGACGCUGCUCAGUUCCGCAACGUCUAUCUCAGAUAACUUAACCGUGCAUCGGUUGCUCGGUCCCACGAUGUACAACCACCCUGGUACAACAAUCAUUGACUUCAAUAGUAUUGCACCAACUUUCAUGCAGAAAGCUUUGCGAUUGGUGCUCGAAAAAGAGGCUCGAACUUCCCAGCGGUCUUGUGUUCCUGGUCAGGCAGUCUUGGACAGGAUUUCUGAGACUGGGGAUAUUCGCAGCGCCCUGUCUUCUCUUGAGUUUCUCUGCCUGAAAGGCGAUCAAGCAGGGAAAUGGGGUGGAAGUCUGGCUAAGGCGAAAAGGUCUCGGGGAGAGUCUACCCUGACCCCUAUGGAGCAAGAGUCCCUGGAGAUGAUAUCGCAGCGAGAGACGAGCCUCGGGAUGUUCCACGCCGUGGGCAAGAUUGUCUACAACAAACGCCUGGACCCAAGUCUGAUGCCUGGUGAUGUUGCAAUUCCUCCAUCGCCACCGGGUUAUUUAGCUCGCCACCGUCGAUUCAAAGUCUCGCAGGUUGCCGUCAAUGAACUACUUGAUGAGACAGGUACUGAUAUAUCCACAUUUAUCUGUGCCCUUCAUGAGAAUUACCCGCCGUCCUGUGACGGGGAUUUCUUCACAGACAAUCUCAAUGCGUGCAUCGAAGCGCUAUCCGAUAGCGAUAUUCUCAGCCCCGAUCGCAGACCUUCACAGGGUGCAAGGACAGGCAUUGGCGUUGGCGCGACUCCUUUCAAUGCCGGUGUCGAUAUGCUCCGGCAGGAUGAGAUCAGCUUUCAGGUUGCGGCGCGCGGGCUUUUGUUCGCUCUUCCGUACCCCGUCAAAAGAAAAAUGGCUCCAGGGAACGGACGAAGUCGCGCGGGCGAUGCUUAUAAGAUGCUCUACCCGGCUUCGCUGCGACUAUGGAGGAGGACCGAGGAAAUUGACGGCCUCGUCGACUCGUAUCUAACACAGAUGCUCGAUCCUUCCGGCCAAACGCAUCUCCUUUCUCGUGGCCUGGGCGCUGCUACCGAGUCCACCGGUGUGAAGUUCUGGAAAAGCCUUCGAGUUGGGUAUUCGGGGCUGGAGACCGACGGUUCCCUGAACUCAGCUGUGACGAUGAUGUCGCGACCUGACGCGCUGCUUCACCAGCUGCCUUACAUGGCUCAGAUCCGUCGCAAAGAGCCUGAUGGCUGGCAGUUGAAUCAAAUAACCAGCAUCCAGGGCGGGCGUCUAGGCGACGAAGCCGACGAAGAUGAACCAGUCCCCGCACCGCCGCGAUCACAACCUAACCGCAAGGGCUUUGGGUCUCCAGGACCCAAAUUGGAAGAAGAAAAACUCAUUCUCAGUGACGAUGAUAUUGUGGACGAUUGA